AUGGUCACGAUCACCUCCCCAAGGGCUGUCGCUUUCGGGCGUUCCCAGAUGAACUCCGUACGCGAAAGAAUCGAGCGUGUCACGGAAGAUCUCAACGACAUUAAGACUUUUCUCCCCAUCGGAAUAUCCGGCUUGCGCCUUCUGCAACAGCAGCCCUUCGAGUAUUAUGACCAGCAAGAAAAGGUGGACUAUCUGCUCAUCAAAAAUUACUUGGAAAGGCAACUCCGAGAUUUGGAACUCGACAUAAAGCAGGACAAAAAGGCAACACCACUUCUGCCAUUCGCUGACACAUUGGUAAAUCUCUGCGAGGAUCGUGCUUUGGUGGUUCCGAUCGAUCCAGAAGAUGUCGCGCAGAAGCUUUGUGAAGUCGAUGGGCAAAUCACCACUAUAAUUGCAAGAAUCAAAGCCGGUUCAAAAGAUGUCUUGAUGGAAAAGACGAGCGCUUUUCGGGCAUCAAAGACAACGGACUCACUUCGCAGCCAUUUGAAGGAAUGGUACGGAUUCUAUAAAGGAUACGAUCCCUCAUUUGACUGGUGGGUGUCACAACCAUACAGCAUGGUGGACAAGAAGCUUGAGAUCGCGUCGGACGUCAUCCGUGAAAGACUGGUGGGUAUUGACCCAGGCAACGAGGAUGCUAUCGUUGGGGAUCCCAUUGGCAGAGAAGGUGUAAUCAGUGAGCUGCGCGCUGAGGUGAUCCCCUACACACCAGAGGAGGUCAUCGCCAUUGGAGAAAAAGAAUUUCAGUGGUGCAUCAAAGAGCUCAAAAAGGCAUCACAGACAAUGGGCUUGCAAGACAAGUGGAAAGAAGCUCUGGAGCAAGUCAAAAAUGACUAUGUUGAGCCUGGGCAACAGACUCAGCUCGUCUUGGAUCUUGUGGAAGAAGCUGUCUCUUUUGUUAAAGAGCAUGACAUGAUCACAGUCCCAUUAAUCGCGAAGGAGACAUGGCAGUUGUUUAUGAUGUCGCCCAAACUCUUUUAUCCCGUCGACACGAUGGACCACGGAGCGAAACUGAUGAGUAUGCGGGGCAACAUCAUUCACUUCUCCCGCGCGACGGUGUUCCAUGAGAUGAUCCCCGGUCAUCAUCUCCAAAUGCAUAUGAAUGCCCGACAUAAGCCACAUCGACGCCUGUUUGACACACCUUUCUGGAUCGAGGGAUGGUCAUUGUAUUGGGAGUUCAUUCUGUGGGAUGAUGAGCGAUUUGCGAAAACACCCCGGAAUCGAAUCGGAAUGCUUUUCUGGCGUCUUCAUCGAUGCGCUCGAAUCAUUUUCUCUGUCAAGUUCCACCUGGGCCAAAUGGCUCCUCAAGAGUGCAUUGAUCUGCUGGUUAACGAAGUGGGCCACGAACGCGCGACGGCAGAAGGAGGGGUGAGGAGAUCGCUAAAUGGCGACUAUUCUCCUCUUUAUCAAGCUGGAUAUAUGCUAGGAGCGCUGCAAAUCUACGCUCUGCGCAAGGAAGUUGUGGACACGCAUUACAUGGCAGAGAAAGUCUUCCACGAUCGCUUUUUGCAGGAGAAUCGCAUGCCAAUUGAGCUGGUUCGGGCAUUGAUUUUAAAUCAGCCGUUGAGUCGGGAUUACCAAGCUUCCUGGAGGUUCUACUAG